AUGAAGGCUUUUACUACCCUGCUGGGUGUUCUGGCCCUUAUCCAGCCUUGCCUUUCUUCCGAUGCAGCAGAAGCGGCAGAAAUCCUCUACUUCUACACUGUCUACGACUUGGAUGUCAAGGUUUGGGGACCGGGUCACGGUUAUGUCGCACCGGACUGUGAAGGCAAGUCGCUUCCCGACGGGGAGUGCACUCUCGACGAGUUCAUCAACUUCAUCCGCUUUGGGGACGCAUCGUCCGACGAGUCGUAUUACGACCUAGAAGCCGGUUUCCAGUUCGUUCCCGGAGCUGCAGCCGCCGUCGUGCUUGCUCUCCGUGACAUUGUCCAGAGCUGGGACAUUCUUACUAGCAAAGUCGUGGAGAAGCGCAAGACCACAGUCGGCCUGUGGGACGACUUGGCUCAGAUCAUCGACAAGGACCACGAGAGGGCCAAGAAGAGAAACAUUGGCGUCACGCGGCAUUUGACGAACGCCGCAACCGUCCUCGGCGCAGUGGUUGAUUUCCGACAGGCCGCCCUCAGCGAAAACUUUGUCGACCAUAUGAAGAGCCAGGUGAAAGAUGUUGUCUGGAAGACCGUCAACAAGGAAAGCGACUACCUCAACGCAGGUUACAACAAGCUCAAGUGGCAGGCCACGGUAAAGGCCAACCCGGACCUGAAAAACCCCAAGACAGACAUGUACAAGAACGUGAUUAAGGCUGUCAAGGGCUUCGAUCAGCUGGAGGGGACAAUGCAUGACAAGACCAUGGCCAUCAACGCGGCCAACAGCUUUAAGACGUGUUUGCGAUAA